UGCAGUUUGAUAAUGUUUUGUUCCUCUAAAUAUUUAAAAGUACAUCUAUGCAGCAUGAGAUUAUUUAGAAUAGAAUAUUUAAGGAGUGUAUCUUAGAAUAUCAGAAUUCUUAAUAGAUAGGUUCAAAUUGCAAUUUCUCUUCCAUGUUUCUAUUGGGGUCAGGGAGGCCAUAGAGGAAAUAACAUUGAUAAAUCUUUUUUUCUUUUUCUUUUUCUUUAGCUCUUCAGUGAAGGUUCUAUGGACCAUGGAAAUAGCAGCACCAUAAUGACUGGAUUUUUCUUCCAGGGACUAGUGAAAUCUCUGGAACUACAGGCCCUAUUAUUUGUUGUUUUCUUUAUUGUAUAUAUCACUGCCAUUUUGGGCAAUCUCUUUGUAGUUUUAACUAUCUGGACUAGUCCUCGUCUCCACACACCCAUGUACUCCCUCCUUGGCCACUUGUCUUUUGUUGAUAUUUGCUAUUCCCUAAUAGCCACUCCAAGGAUGCUGAGGGACCUGCUGGUGGAGAAUAAGCAAAUUUCAUUUUCAGGUUGUUUUACCCAGCUCUUCUUCAUUCAUUUCCUAGGUGGCACUGAGAUUCUUAAUCUGGUAGUCAUGGCAUUUGAUCGCUACGUUGCCAUCUGCAGACCACUACAUUAUGUUGCCAUAAUGAAUCCAAUGACCACAAGCCGUUUAUUAUUGGCCUCUUGGCUAGGAGGAUUGAUACAUUCAUCCCUUCAACUUGCCCUCUUGCUUCCCCUUCCCUUCUGUGGUCCCAACCUGUUGGACAACUUCUACUGUGAUAUCAUUCAGGUCUUGGAGCUGGCCUGCACAGACACAUAUGCUGUGGAACUUCUGGUGGUUGGCAACAGUGGGCUGGUCACCUUGAUAGUCUUUCUGGCUUUGCUCAUCUCCUACUCUGUUAUCCUUGUUACUCUAAGAACCCACUCAGCCCAUGCCCGGACUAAGGCUUUAUCUACUUGUGGUGCCCACAUAACAGUGGUAGUAAUGACCUUCAUUCCUGCACUCUUGGUCUAUGCUUGGCCUUUUCGGGAUCAAUCCCAAGACAAGGGUAUCUCAGUGCUACACAUUGUGCUAUUGCCUAUGCUCAACCCCUUAGUAUAUACUCUGAGAAACAAGGAAAUGCAUGAAGUCAUGAAGGGUGGUUACCUGAGGGCUGUCAUUUGGUUAAGAAGACAAUAAAACUGACCAAUGUCAACAACAGGGGCCAUUUUCCUUGGAUCUUUACUUCUUCUUUUGGCUAGAACCCCAAAUGGAUUUUUCCUCUCUUCAUUACCCAUCACUACAUUGUAGCUUAUAUUGUAGAAUUGAAAGGAAAUUAGUCACAGUGAAAAUACUUUAUUGUUUUACUAAUGGGACAGACUGGAGGGGAUGAAGCCAUGAUGGUAGAGUAAGUCAAGAAUUUGAUCUAAAACUCUCCCAAAUUGACUUCCAAAAAAACUACAAAAUAGUAUCAUAUGAGAUCUCAAGCUGUAUCAUAAAAUAAUAAUUAUCAAAACAACCUGGCACUGGCUAAGAAAAAGUGUGGCAGAUGAGUGGAACAAAUUAGGAACAUAGUACAGAAUAACAAAUCACUACAGUAGCCUAUUGUUUGAUAUACACAAAGACCCAAGCUUUGGGGGCAAGAAUUCACUAUUUUCUGGCAAAACCAGGAAGCAGGUUGCAGAAACUAUCUAUCAAUCAACAUUCAUACCAUAAACCAAGAUAAGGUUAAAAUAGGUACAUGAUUUAGACAUAAAAGGUAAUACCAUUAACAAAUUAGGAAAGCAAGGGACAGUUUACUUGUAAAUCUAUAGAUGAGGGAAGAAAUUUAUUGCAAAACAAA